AUGUCUCGGAUAUCGCCUCUUUUUCGCCAACGGCUAAUUCUUGCACCUAAAGUAGCAGCCGGAGUCUCAAUUACCGGUGCAGCAAGCUUUCACCUCGUCACAAGAGAAUGUUACUUUGAGCCCUUUGGACCGGAAAAUGGCAGAUCGUUGUAUGAGCAUCCGCUGCUGACGCUGAUCAAUCCUUGGAAUAAACCGGGCUCUGCCGACUCAUGUGUGAGAGAGGUGCCGUUCGACAAGCUGGAUAAGGCGAUUUUGGAAGAUGCAAAGAAGGGAGGGACAAAGCUGGUUGAGAGGUUCAUGGCGGGAAUGUGGGGAGGAUUUGGUUAUGGUAUCCAGAGAAGGAUUAUGACACUCUUCAAGAACGAGGCGAACAAGAGUGACUUGUGGGAGAAACAGGAUCUUCUGGCAUCUACCUAUGAACCAGGCACAUAUUUCACCAACCAUUUCGUUGUUCUAUCAAAAACACCAACAUGUAUCACGUUGAGAGGCUGCUUUGAUCCUCACCAGUCACCUCCUUCACCGAUGGACGUUGACAAUCUCGUUGAGAUUCGCGCAGAGCUCGAUGACGCAAAGCAGGUGGCCGUUCUCAAACUUCAGUGCAUCACGUUUGAUGGAAGGAAAGAAGCGAGUGACGAGGAGGACCCUUUUGGUGGAGUUGGAGGAUGGCUUCACAGACGGUAUUCUACGUUACUUGUGCAAUCAGGAGCCAGGAACUGCCUGGAAUGA